AUGAGGAAGAAAACCAUUGCUCAUAAACCUCCUCGUGAAAAGCUGUAUAAACUUCCAUCCAAACCUUCCACUCGCUCACAAGACAAAACCUUCACUCCAUCUCCUUCUCCUCCUACCUCUCCUCCUCGCUGUGACCCCAUGGCUCGGACCAAGAACACUUCAAGAUUUCCUGCCUCUGCCAAGCCAACGCCACCACCGAAAGUCACACCAUCCAAGCCAGGUUCAUCGAAACCGAGUUCAUCCAAAGGAAAGCGACCUGCAGCACCAGAACCUCCACCUGAGUCCACACAACCAAAAUCUAGGUCUGUUCCAUCACGUUCUCAAAGAGGUAAAGCUCGAGUUCCUCUCUCAUCUGUUAGAGAACCAGAAGUUGAUCCUUUUGCUCACAAAUCACAAUAUAUGACAUCUCACUCAGACUUUAACCCCAUCGUUUCAAAUCUGCCAUGA